AUGAGUGAUGAGAAAAUAAAGCAAUUGCAAGAGAUGGGAUUUUCCCAAGAACAGGCAGCUAAUGCAUUAAAAGUUUCCAAUAAUGUCUUAGAAGUGGCCAUUGCACAUUUAUUUGGAGAACCAGUUGAACAACCACAGGAGAAUAAAGAAAAUACCCAAUUAGUUCCAUACAACGAAAAUGAUACCGUUCAAAUAUCAAACCCUCUAGAUAUACCAAAGUUUCCAUCAUAUAGAGAGACACCAACGAGCAGUAAUGGUGGAUGGAGUGAAAUUCAAGAUGAAGAAUUGAUUGAAAAUUACGAGGAUGAAGAUGACAAUGACAAUGACGACGAUCUUGUAGACCAAUGGACAAAUAAUUCAAAACAGGCAUCAUCAGAAACCAUUUUUGAUUACCCACAAGCAUUCACUAGACUGACAGAAAUGCCACCUUGUGUGUUACCAAAAGUUACUGGUACAUUACAAAGUUGUUUGAUUUCGUUAAUUGUCACUUUAUCACAGAUUGGCGAAUUAAGAAAUGUCUUUUUCAGUAAAGAUUUUGAUUACGGGUUUGAUGAAAAUUGGUAUACCCCAACCACUGAAUUGACAGUAGAGACCCCUGAAAAAUUCAAAGAUAACUCAUUUUAUAGUUUUGUUGUCGAAAUUCAGAGAAUAUUUGGGUUUUUGUCACCAAAAGUCAGUAAUCGUUCUUUUAUAAGUGGAAAAAAUUUGUUCAAAUCCUUGCCUGAAGAUUUUGCAAUCGACGACGACGAUUGGGAAGAUGUCAUUAAAAAAGUUCAUCGGUAUAUAGCACUUGGAUCAGAAAGUAUCUUGGACAAAGAUUUAACACUGGUUUUCUUGAGUCAAGUGGAAUCCAACGGUGAAGAGACUACCGACUUGUCAAUUUUGCAGAUAGAGUACGAAGCAAGAAAUCUGAAUCUUCAAGCAAGUUUGAACUCUUUGAUUUGGAAUUCUGAACUAAACCCCGUGUUCACAAAGUUGGGGCUGUUGUUGACUAUACAGAUGUUUGGUGGUGACGAAGAUGAUGAUGAUGAUGGGCGGUGUCAAGCACUGUCAUUUGAAAUACCUGAGUAUUUUUACCCAGGUAUAUUUACUUCUACUUAUCAAGAAAUAAUUGCAAAGAUGAACCAAAAGAAAUUAAAUGCUACAAAAGAAAGAUCUAGUAUAACUACUAAAUUGUUGGGGUUUAGUUCGUUUGAAGGUAAAAAAAUAAAAAAGAUUCUUCAAAAUAGUAUUGAUUAUUUGGCAACAACUGACUCCAAGGAGGCCCACGAUGAUUUAAAGAGACUUUCAGAAAAGGUGCAAAAUGAAUCUUUGGCUUUGAAUGAUCGAUUAAAGUUUGUUAACCAGGAAUAUCUCAAGAUGGACGUGAAAAAUCCUGAUAAUAUACUCGAGAUAAUAGAAAAAGAAGGUUUACCUCCACCUGAAAAAUAUUACUUAACCAGUGUAAUUAUUUCAGAUUCCGAGUACAUAUAUAAAGCAAAGCAUUUGACUACAACAGAUUUCGAAAAUGAGGAUUGGUUAUACAUUGUUAUUGAUCUGGAUCAUAAUAAUAAGGUUCUGGAGUACCGUACUGAAACAAUGAGCUUCGAAGCUCUUCAAUUGUUCAUUUUGGAGGAAACUAAGCUUAAUAGAAGACAAUUGAUAUUACAUUAUGUUGCUGAAAGCUCGCUACAAGACCUGGCAAAGGUGCCAGAAAAACUAGUUGAAUUCUUUGAUAAAGAUAAUCAAUUGUUGGCUGAAGAAGUACAUGAAUUUAACAAAAAUAAUAAGGAGAACGAUGCAGAAGUUUCAAAUGACUCAUCUGUUGACGAAUCUUUUCUUGUGUCUCACUCUGAAACUCAAUCGCUUUAG